AUGGGUAGGAACAAGUUUCACAUCCAAGUUUCAUUUUACAAAGUUCCCGAAGAAACAAUCAAGUUACUAGGACAGUCAAACUUGUAUUUCUUUAGCCCUGAAAAUUCCUCAUUUAACCCAAGACUUGCAACAACAGCGCUUAACUGCGUUUUGACUUCUCAAGAUACUGAAGUUAGGUCUUCAGGUCACAAGAUAAUGGAAACUCUUGGUUUCACUGUUGAUAAAUCCAAAGAGUUAGAGUUUGUCUUUGAAUAUGAAUUCUAG